CGACCACUGAUGAAGAAGCUGAACCAAUACUGGCAUUCCUCAGAGAGAAAUUUUCAUUAGAAAUGAUCAAUGGAUGAAAUGAUCCUACGACAAAAGGAGGUACGACUAUUGAUACGGUAUUCGCGAGAAAUAUUGAUAAAAUAUAUGUAAGACAUUUCAUAUCGUAUUUUAGUUAUCAUAAUCCAAUUGUAAAUAUUAUAGAUAUCAAUCCGUCAGAACUAGGGAUGGCAACGAUUAAUCAUUUGAUUAAAUUAAUCGAUUAUUUUCAUUCAAUUUACGAUUUAAUUGCAUCGAAACACCUUUUCUAAUUACUCGACUAUUACUCGAGUAAUUGCAAAAUAAUCGCAAACAGCAUUUUCAAAUUUAAUACAUUUUAUGUUCAUCUAAGUUAGCUUACAAGGGUCGAAAUUGGUCACAUCAGUCAUUAAUGACUGCAAACGUUGUAAACAUAGUGAAAUUCUAAUAUGUCAAGGUAGUUUAAUAUCAAAAAAUGAAUGUCUGGUAACACUGCAUUUACAGUUAAGUCAAACGCAUUUUACGUUCAGUUGUUUGAAGAGCAAUGGCGCCAGUUAAAAGCGAAGUGUGGAAAUUUUUUAAUAAAAUAAGCAAUAACUACGUUAAAUGUCAACUUUGCUGCAAAAAUUUAAAAUUUUCUAAUAAUACAUCAAAUAUGUUGCAGCAUUUAAAAUUAAAGCAUGCAACUGUAGCCUGCAAAUUGGUGACUCUGCAAUCUAGGAGUAAAGACAAUGUUUCCCUAAGUGAUGAUGACACUGAAACCAUGAUUGAAAUGCCGAAUUGCAGCAGCAAACCAAUUAAUGAAAGCCCUUUGAGUGAGGGGCCAAGCUUCAGCAGCAAGAAACCGAAUGAAAGCAGCAUGAUAGAGCUACCCAGCUGUAGCAAUAAAAAUCCUCAACCCCUCAUUUCUAAAGUCUUCCAAAAUAUUGAAAAUUUUUCGCUUCAUGGCUCAAAGAACCAAAAGCUACAGCAUGGAAUAGUGGAAAUGGUUAUCAAGGAUAAUCUACCUUUUGACUUUGUUGAAGGUAAAGGCUUCUUAAGUUUCAUGAAGCAACAUUUUCCUCUUUACAAAGUCCCAACAAGAAAUACCAUCAAGGCUCACAUUGAAAAAAUGUACGAUGAAGAAAAAGAAAAAUGUGUAGCGAUGCUAAAAACUUUUUCAUAUUUGAGUUUAACGAUAGAUAUCUGGACUGAUGUAGAAAUGAAUAGCAUGCUUGGUGUGACAAUUCAUGGUGUAAAUGGGACAAAGCAAUUUAAUGGAACCAUUGGCGUUUAUAAAUUAACGGAAACACAUACUGCAUCACAUAUUUCCGAAGUUCUCAUUGCUGCUUUGAAAGACUUUUCUAUUGACGAAAAACAAGUAAUGGCUGUAGUGACCGAUAAUGGUGCAAACAUCGUAAAAGCAGUACAUGAUUCUUUUGGCAAAAAACGCCAUAUUCCUUGUUUUGCACACACCCUCAAUUUGGUAUGUGAAAACUCACUGAACGAUCCUGAAGUAAAUGCAGUUGUUGUAAAAUGCAAAAAAAUAGUUAAGUGGCUAAAAAGAAGUGUUAAAGCUAAUGAUGAUCUUCGAAAUAUGCAAGCUGCUGCCGGAGUAGCUGAAGGCAAAAUGCUAAAGCCAAUUUUGGACGUGAAAACACGUUGGAAUUCGACUUACUACAUGCUUGAACGGUUCAUUAAACUAUGUUCAUAUAUUAACCAAAUACUCCUCAACUAUUCUGACGCACCGGUAAUGAUAACAUCUAAGGAAAAAGAUGAUAUCAUCGAAAUACUCAGUGUAUUGAGACCAUUAGAAGCAAUGACUGUACAACUAAGUGGUGAACAACGAGCAACGUUAAGUCAAGUGAUUCCAUUAGUUCACUGUGGUCGGGAACAAAUAGUGAGAAUAACAGCUAAACAGCCAGUCGCUGAACAACUAAAAGAUGUCGUGUUAAAUCAGUUUGAUCGUAGAUUUGGCUACAUCGAACAUUCCUUUUUGCUAGCUGCAUCAACAUUACUCGACCCGAGAUUCAAAAUAAUUCAUUUCAAAGACCCAUUAGCGUUGUCCCCAGUUAUAAAGUUUUUACGUACUGAAAUAACAGUUGCAGAUGAUACUAUGGAAACGGGCAGCGAAUCGUCAGUGGAAUCGGUAGAGAAUGAGUUUGAUCUCUGGGCUCCUCACAAAACUCUAGUGCACAAAAGAAGGAGGAAGGACAACGAUUUUACAUCUCCACAAGAUGAAUUGAGCUUUUAUUUGAAUUGUCAGGUAUUAGAACUAAGUGGAAACACUAUUGAUGCUUGGGAAGAAAUGAAAACCGUUUACCCAAAACUGUACGGACUUUCAAAAAAGUAUUGUCAUCUACUUGGUACCUCAGUACCAGCUGAGCGGCUUUUCUCAAAAGCGGGUGCAACUGCGACCGAAAAACGCAAUCGUUUGACAACAAAACGUUUAUCGAAAUUGCUUUUUCUUCAAACUUGGUUGAACAGAGAAUAAAUUUUCUUGACUUCAAUGAAUAUAUUUUCCUUUAUGCUAAGACAAAUGAAUUUUUAAUACGAUAUUUUAAUUUUAUUUCCGUUUUUGUUUUUGUGUAUAUACCAAAAUAAUUUGAAUGUCUGAAAUAAGAAUAUAGUCUCCUAUAUUUUAUUGGUUUUAUUUUUACGCAAAAAUACAAAACAUAGUCUUUCAAGCAAAAGGCAAUUCUUUUACUUUAAGAUUGCUGUACGAAUUUUGAAAAAUUUAAUGUGCUACUUAACUUCAAAUAUAGGCCAUUUUCUCUUUUAGGAUAUGUCUGGGACUCUGUGAUAGAGCAUUAUAAUACAAGAUUCGUCGCUGAAACUUGGUUGUGGUCUUUAUGCAAACAUUGGAAUUAAUCGAUUAAUCGAUUUUUUUACAUUAAUUGCAAUUAAUUGCAAUUAUUUUUUUAUAUCUUGCAAUUAAUCAUUUGAUUAUUUAAUCGAUUAAAAAAAAAUUUUUGCCAUCCCUAGU